AUGUAUCAAGAACUCCCCCGGGAGCUCCUUGUAUCGAUAGGGCAUAUACUAGAACCAGAAGGGACAUAUACAGACACCUCGCUCAAUGUCCAGGAUACCUUGAACCAAUUCUUUCCGGAUGAGGAAAGCCUCAGACAUAUCAAUGAUGUCAAAGCUCAACUUCAGCAACAGCGAGAAGCGCUAGAAGCAGAAGUCGAGUUACUAGCCAGUACGCUCAAGACUGAGCAGGAUCCUGAGCGUAUGGGACGUAUUCAGGAGCUUAUUUUCGGAUUGCUAGAGCAAAUGAAUCGCAUUCGCGAGAAAGCUACCGAGUCUGAGGCCAUCGUCCGCACCAUAACCAAGGACAUACAAAAACUGGAUCAUGCAAAGAAAAAUCUAUCGCUUUCCAUGACCGUAUUAAAGCGAUUACAAAUGCUGGUAAACGGAUUGGAACAACUUGACAUAUACAUGAAGGAGAGAUCAUACCCUCAAAUUGCGCAGUCGCUAGGGGCUAUCAAGGAACUGUCGACAUUCUUCAAACCAUAUACAGCGAUUGAUCGCAUAGCCAUCGUCUGGCGAAGGAUACAGCAGUCUCAAGGCGCGGUUCGAGCAUUAGUGGAAGAGGAUUUUGAUUCCUUCGUCAUGAAGGAUCCAUCGAAACCAAUCUCCACUUCGGUUAUUGCCGAGAGCUGUCUUGUUGUAGAUAUACUGGGAGACGAUGUCAGGAAUCAUCUUAUUGAACGGUACUGCAACAUGGAGCUCAAAGACUAUCGGCGCAUCUUUCGUCCCACUGACGAGGCAGGCCAGCUCGACAACCUGCCUCGGAGGUUCUCAUGGUUUCGUCGUGUGAUCAGCCUUCAUGAUGAAGAGCAUGGAAUAGUAUUUCCUGAAUCGUGGAAUGUGGGCAAGGCUCUAUGCUCCCGUUUCAUAGAGAUCACGGCGGAGGAUGUCUCUACAUUGUUGACCAAGCUUGGCCCAAAGCUGACAGUCACUCUACUCCUGGAAUGCCUGCAGCAGUCGAUCGAGUUUGAGACAUUCGUCAACCGAAAAUAUGGAAUUUCUCUUGCCGACGUCGUUGAUACAAGUACAAAAAUCAACCCUGUCAAGGGCAUUUCGUCCGUAUUCGAAAAGCAUAUGGGCGUGUUUGUCGAAGCUCAAGACAAGGCACUCGCAGACAUGAUGGCCGCUUACAGGGGUGUGAAGAGCCGUUCAUCACAAGAAGGCCAACAUCCAGAGGACGAUAGUCAUACCGUACUUGCAUCAUCAGGGGAUCUCUUCUACUUCUAUGCCCAGACUUUGGAUCAAUGUGCCAAGUUUACCACUGGCACACCGCUCUAUGACCUUUUCGUCGUAUUCAAGAAAUGGCUGAAGAUUUAUGCUGAGGACGUCCUGAUGCCCGCGCUUCGCCGGCACGACAUCCCUUCGCAGGUUCGCAAAUCCGCAGAUAGCAGGCUCAAUCCGACAGAGCAACGUGAUAUCUGUCGGAUCUUGAAUACUGCUGAUUACUGUCACCGCACUGCAACCCAGCUGGAAGAAAAGGUUCGAGACAAGAUUCACAGAGGAUUAGAAGGCAAGAUAUCAUUACAAGCCGAGUUGGAUUUAUUCUUCAGUGUCAUCUCUAUUGCCAUUGCCACGCUUUUGCGUGACUUGGAGCAAACCACAGAGCCAUGCUUCGCACAUAUGUCCCGUGCGACAUGGGCAUCUAUCAAUGCGGUAACGGGACAACUUCCGUACAUAGUAGAACUUAGUCGGAUUGUCGACUCUACAGUGGAAGUCAUCAAGUCGUCUAUUGAGCAGAAGAAGUAUCUGCGCAACUUUUAUGACAAAGCGUCGAGUAUGCUGAUCACAAAGUUUACAAACGCACUGGUUCGAAGUCGCCCGCUGCGUGACACUGGAGCGGAACAGGCACUAUUAGAUUUCCAAGUUCUCAAGGCCUGUCUUCUUAGGAUGCCCAGCACUGGCGAGCCAGACAGCGUGCCUUCGACCUAUGUCAAAGCCAUUACUAAGCAGACGACGCAGAUUGAAACUAUCCUCAAGGCUGUGAGCGCGCCGGUGGAUCCGCAAGAGCCAUUCAUCAUGAACUAUAUUAUCCUCAUCGGCGACUCAUCCUUCUCCAACUUCCAAAAGAUCCUUGAUCUCAAGGGCAUUCCUGGAGCAGCACAAAACAACCUUUUGGAUCACUUCCUAACAACGACAAGUACGAGAUCAGACUUGCCAUCGACAUCUUUUCUCUCUGCACUCGAUAUGGACCCAGGCACGGGUCAAAUCAUGUCUCGACCGUCGAUGGACUCUGGAACCAGCACACCUCGCUCGACGGCGACCGGAACGGACACUCCAAAGUCCGAAAGGCGUGAGGUGCUUCCAGAUUGGCGCAGACUCGUUGGCUUUGCCGUUCGCAGAGACAGGGAGAACAAAGCGCAGGAUCAAUGA